AAUUGUCUACCAGUCCUGUCUUAUUAUAUAUAAUAUAAGAAUUCUUCUUACUUUUAUUGAACUUAUUAAUUAUUUCGAAUUUCUAAUUAACGAGAUAGUUAAAAGUAAAAUAAAAGGAAUAGAAUUGGAUAUUUAUCUUUUAAUUAUAUUCGUGGAUUGUAAAAGACUGUUAAAACGUUAUUGAAGAGAUUGGAAUAUUACUGAGGCGCCCUUGAUGUUCCAUCAAAAUGUCUGAUAAUAACGGAUAUCUCAUUCCAGGAAAAAAUAUUCCAUUAGAAUAUACAGGAGGCGAAAAUUUUUACAAUAAUGAAAAGCAUGAAGAAGUAGCAAAGAUCUUUGAUACGGUCAUCUAUUCUUUGGGAUCGGUGGAAAGUUCUCUAGAGAAACAGGUUCGAGAUAGUUGCCUUGAACUUAAAAAAUUAAGAAAUUCGAUUGAUGAGCUAAGAAACAUCAUCUUAGGUCAGAAGAAUUGUGAAAGUAGAAGUUUUCUCAAACGUGAUAUUAAAUUUUCGAAUGAUAAGAGUGAAAGUUCAACAACCUUCAACUGCCGUUGUAAGGAUCGACCGAUCAGUCUUCCGAAGUGGAAUCCAAAGUUUAAAUACGACGGAAAUCCAAGGACCUAUCACGACUUUAUUGAAACUCAUAAAAUGAUAGUAAACGCUGGAAAUUACUAUGAUUGGCAAAAAUUAGACAUGCUGCUUGACUCUUGCAAAGGAGAGGCUCUGGAUCUUAUUUCAAGGUGUUAUAUGUCUGGUCCAAAAGGCUAUGAGGCCGCUCUGGAGAUCCUAGAGCGAAUGGGUGGCAGUAAAGUAUCGAAACAGGUAUCCUUAUACAUCGAACUCGCUGAGAUGCCACCAGUCGAUAAAAGAGACUUGAGAACCCUUACGAAUCUUCGAAAUUUGGCUAAUCAUGCUUUCACUAUGCACAAAAUUUACGGUGAUCCUCCUGUAGAUUCUCUCGUUAGAUUUAAAGGUCUCCUUAUCGAGAAAAAGUUGAACGAACAACUCAGAGAAGACUGGAAAAAUUUUGGAAUAGAAGACAAUGCUCCUGAAAAAACAAAGUUCGAACGCCUUGUCGAAUUCUUAUUUAUAACUGUAGAGAAGUCGAAAAAGGAGUAUGAGAGAAAACUAAAUGAGAACUAACAUUCCUUCUUUCUUGUACGAAAGACAAAAAGGAAAAACAGAUUUAUCUCAAUAAAUGUAUUUGAAAAACAAACUUAUUAAGUGUCUAUAUAUAAAACGAAAGAAACUUGAUAAGUGUGCUACAGCUUUAGAAAACUGGUGAAAUGUAAGAUUUACUUUGUAUAAUAUGACACAACUGUCAAGUAGUACUACACGUACCUUUUACAUAAUUAGAAUAUAAA